CUUUCACCAGUUAACUGUCCACCUCCUUCUCCUCCCACAGUGUUGGGAGCGGGGGGGUUCGCCCCCAGCAUCGAGGCUCCCCCCGUCACCUCUGACGCUCCGGCCGUCACCAGUGACGCCCCAGCUCUCCUGCCCACCUUCCUGGGGCGUCACAACGCCACCGUCACAGUCCACGCUGGAGACACCGCCGCCCUCGCCUGCCAUGUCCUCAGACUGGGCGACAAGACGGUGUCUUGGGCCAGACGGCGGGGAGCAGACUUCCACAUCCUUACUGUUGGCUUCCACACCUACCAUAAUGAUAACAGGUACACACUCAGCUACGAGUACCCCAACAACUGGAAACUUCAGAUACGUUACACUCAGAAGAGAGACGAGGGCCUUUAUGAGUGUCAGAUCUCUACACAUCCACCACAGAUCCUGCGGGUGUACCUCAGUGUCUCAGUGCCGGAGAUAGAGAUCCGGGACCCCCGUGGGGCGGCUAUCAGCGAGGCCUUCUACAGAGUGGACUCCACUGUUGGGCUACAGUGUGUGGUCACGCCCGCGCCGCCCACACGCCCAGUAAGAUGGUCUCGCGCCCACCACCCACUCACCACCCAGCCCGAGAGGGGCAUCAGGUAG